AUGCAGUCGACCGGAAGCAAUAUUGGAGCGGAUUUGACACAGUUGCAACGGGAAUACCGCAAUAUGGAAUUGAAUCGAAAAGUGUAUGCGGAGGAGACUCACCAAGUGAUGCGGCGACAACAAAUGGUGAUAGAAAAACUUCGUAAGGAUAAUGAAGACAUGAAGGCCGAACUAAGUCUGGCAGAGCGUCAUUUGAACGAAGGGGCAAUCGCUCAACAACAAGAACAAGUCAAUCGUUUGCGCGACCAACUUGACAAUUACAAUCGUAAGAAUAUUUGCGAGGCAAAGAGGUUGGAAACUUUAACGCAGCAGAUCCAAAUAAUGCGACACAAAGUGUUACACCAAAAAAAACACAUGGGUGGCGUUAAUGCUGCGAAAGAGAAUCAACAAAUGGUACACAAACAGAUUCGGAUUCUUGAAAAUCGCUUGGACAAGUCGUUAAUGAAAUUUAAUGAGACUCUCGCACAGAAUAAAGUAUUGCGUGAAGAAAUUGACAACUUGAGAAGAGAGCGGGUGGUGUUUGAUACUAUUUAUCGCAAAUUAGAGCGCGAACAUGGCGAAAAGAAGCGGCAAAUGGCUCAAACAAUUGAGUCAAGCAACCAAGUCUACGAACAGCGCGACGCUGCGCAAAUUGAGUUGCGAUCUCUUCAAGAUGAAAGCCGUGCUGAACUUGAUAUACAUCGACGAGCAUUGUCCGAAUUGACAAAAAAGCUGGAAAAAAGUAAAGUUCAUGCAAGUGGUUCAGCGAAGCAUCGACGUGGUUUUUUGAAUGGUGAAAGUGCUGGAAUUGUGGCAUUUGAGGAUGAAAUUGAGACGAAGCAGAAGAAGCAAAAGGGGACGUGGGGGAUGGCGAAGGAAGAGGUGCAUGUUCAAGUCUCAAUUGAACGUGUGCAGAACUUUGAAGAUGCAUUUUUGAAGAUCAGAGCAGCAACUCAAAUCAACGAUCUGGAUCAACUUGUGACUUCUUUCAUCAAGAAAGAAGACCAGAAUUUUUCAUUGUUCAAUUAUGUCAACGAACAAAAUAAUGAGAUUGAGAAGCUUGAAGAAUGGAAUGAACUACUUCGUGACGAAGAACGUGGUCUGAGUGGCAACACUGACUCAGCAACUGAAAUUAGAGAAGGUAAAAACAUCAGGCAGCAUAAACAGGUGCUGUGUGAUCUCGAGACGCGACUUGCGCACACCGAACAGGCGGCUGAAAAGUGCGAAGCUCGUUGUGCUGAAGCGCAACAGCGUGUUGAUGCGAUCAAAGGUGCCAUUCACCAUUUGUUUACGAAGAUUGAGUGCAAUACUCAUCUGAUGGUUGAAUUGGUGGGGGAUUCAAAUGUUACUGAUGCCAAUUUGAUGACUUAUUUGGGUGUCAUUGAGCAAAAGACAAACGAAAUUUUGCAACAAUACGCUGCACUUGUUGCCAUAGAUGUUCAAUCGAACAAAGUCCAAAGUGAUAUUCUUGAUCAAGCAGCUUCAGUAGCAGUUGGUGCUGCAGGUGGCACGAACGGAGCUGUCGCAAAACUACACUCGAUUCUUGGCGUUCGGCCAAUUGCUCCUAUGGGACAAGAGCCAUUGCAGAUCAAUCCGCCUAACUUAAACGAUUACUCGUCAGAUGAAGGCGACACGGAUGAUGGGAUGCAUCCCUUCACCCGAGACGAGCUGAAAGCUCGCACGCUUAAGGGUAUGCGUCGCACAAAUCACGCAAAUGUUAUGCAAUCAGGAACCACUAGCAGCACAAAUAAUCAUACCAAGAGAGGGGUUGCAAGCAUGGCUUGUGUAGAUCACUCAAAGAGCCGCAAAUAA